AUGCGUGAGACUCAGUUCCUCGAUCAGACUACGCAUUCUGAUCCUCACAGGACCAAGCCCGAGAUCCUGCAAAUCCCCCAGCCUCCCGAGCAAAAUUUUUACGUCCACCACCACACCACUACGCACCAUCACCACACACUACACAACAUUACCACACCCCCACACCUCAUCACCACACCACUACACACCAUCACCACACCCCCACACCUCAUCACCACACCACUACACACCAUCACCACACCCCCACACCUCAUCACCACACCACUACACACCAUCACCACACCCCCACACCUCAUCACCACACCACUACACACCAUCACCACACCCCUACACAUCAUCACCACACCACUACGCAGCAUCACCACACACUACACACCAUCACCACACCACUACACAUCAUCACCACAUCACUACACAACAUCACCACACACUACACACCAUCACCACACCCCUACACAUCAUCACCACACCACUACGCAGCAUCACCACACACUACACAUCAUCACCACAUCACUACACAACAUCACCACACACUACACAACAUCACCACACUCCACACCACUACACAACAUCACCACACCACUACGCACUAUCACCACACCCCUACGCACCAUCACCACACCACUAAGCAACAUCACCACAUACAUCACCACACUUCACCCCACCACAUCACCACACCACUAA